AUGCAGAUCGACGAGUCCAAUCCGCAGGAAGUUAUGCAGGCUCUAAGUGAUGUGCAGCGAAUGGUGGCCAGCAAAAAGAAGUCUGCGAUGGUGAGCAAAGAACAUGCACUCCCUGGCCGAAGCGAGGUUAUGUCUGUCUCAGCCGAUCAUUAUGUGCUGAAGAACCCAAUGAAAGGCCCAUGGCCUGCUGGCUUUCAAGUUUGUGUCUUCGCAAACGGAUGCUUCUGGGGCAGCGAGAAAGGAAUCUGGCGUCUGCCUGGCGGCGGCAUCUACUCUACGGCAGUGGGUUAUGCUGGUGGCUACACACCGAAUCCCACUUACGAAGAAGCAUGUUCAGGUCAAACUGGACACACUGAGGCUGUACAGGUGGUUUUUGAUCCAUCAAAGAUUAGCUUAAUCGACAUUCUGCGGUGGUUUUGGGAAGCCCAUGACCCGACUCAAGGGAUGGGCCAAGGCAAUGACAGAGGUACACAGUAUCGCAGUGCCUUGUAUUAUUUUGAUGAUGAGCAAAGGCAGCUUUACGAAUCAAGCAAGGCAGCAUAUGAAGCUGCAUUGAAAGCCAAUGGAAAAGGUCGUGGUGAGAUCACUACUGAAAUUCGUGCAGCCUCAGACUUCGAGGGCGAUGUGUUCUUCUACGCAGAGGAUUACCAUCAGCAGUACCUGGCAAAACCAGGAGCUCGCCCCUACUGCUCUGCACAGCCACAGCAGGUAUCUCUGCCACCUUUUGAGCAGUGGUGCCCAGCUGAAUUGCAAAAGAAGCACGCGCCGAAGCUGCCGACGGAGUUUUGGACUACUCAUGGCCCUAAGCCUCAUUGCGUGAUUCGGUCUCCGAAUGAACCAAUCAAGUGGCCCUAA